GCAUGCGUUGAGCUCAAAUCUGCGCAGUCUGCAGCAGGGCAACUGUAGGGUGCAAAAAAGGAACACAAAAAUCGCAGUUUAGGAUUUAAGAACAUUAUGCCCAGUAAAAAUGCACCUUGCGAAUGCAAACGUUUUCAGGUCUGGUGUCAGUUUUGAUGGUGUUUGUGUGGCUGGGUGGAAACCAGGUCUCGCCCCUGCGACCCAUCUGUGACCUGAGGGUUCUGGACCACUUUGUACGAGAAGCUCGAGAUUCUGAGGUCAUCAUGCGAGGUUGCAGAGGAGGCUGUGGAGUGAUGAAACCCUACUUAGUUCCUCUGACUAGUGUUGACUUUGCUGUUUGGGAACAUAUAGAUGUUCAUGGACAGGCCGUGGAGGUCUGGAUUGGUCUGUCUCUGCUGGAUCAGGCCCUGAGUAAUGCGAUGAAAACAGUGAGCAACUCUCCUCUGGCCAAUGCGCUGGAUAACAACAUCAGUAACAUCCACAGCCUCGGCCACAUCCUGCACAGUCUUGAUUUACAGCAGGCCAGGUCCACAGUUCUUCCAGAUGAUUCAGCUCCUGCCAGCACACAGACGCAGGAGGUCUCCUCUCUCUCAGAACUUCUGCAGGUGCAGAGCAGUUUCCUGCGAGGGAAAGUCAGACUCCUGCUUUCAGCUGCACCAGCCUGCCAACGGCAAAACAGCUGAUGC